GAGAAUCUGGUGUACCCGAUAUAGAACUGAGGUUUCAGCUGGCAGCUGUUUUACGUUUUUAUGGCACGUGAGCACGGUUCCGCCCUCACUAACAUCUGGAGCUCGCGCUUAAUAGUGGACCCGCUCUUCCUCGUGCCCGCGUGAUGAGGCAGGUAUAACUUAUGUAGCGUAGUCAGCGUUUCACCGGUGGGGAGCCCUCGGUGCUGUCCUCUGCUGCAGGAACCCGUCUCAUUUUGAAGCUGGCAGGCGUAGGGGGAGGUACCGAGCAUGGAUGAGCCGGGCAGCAGGAACAGCAGCCUCCAGAGGAAGAAGCCACCAUGGCUCAAACUGGACAUCCCAACCAUCCAGCUGACACCGGACGACACGCCAGCGCUCAACCAGCAGCCGGUGAGGCGUCUGCGCAGUGUCAGCAUGCCGGGGGAAAACCCUCAGGCCUGUAUUGCUGCCUUGGAAAUGUCCAACAACUACCUCAGACCUCCUGCGGAGAGAUUGCCCUCCAUCACUCAGUCCAUUAAAAGUGAGAAAAGGGUGCGCUUUGAGCGCGUCAACACCGUUCCCCCAAAGGGCCAGAGGAGCCCCAGGAGGGUGUCAACCAUCCGAAGGCGGUCCUGUAUUCCCAAAAUACUGACCAGACGGCGUUCAUCUAUACCAAAACAGAUCAUCAGGGGUACGGCCGACUGGUUUGGGGUGAGCAAAGACAGUGACAGCACCCAGCGAUGGAGGAGGAAGAGCCUGCAGCACUGCAGUCAUCUGUACGGGGGUCUGAAGGCGCAGGUGAUGAGGGAGAUGGAGCUACACAGCCAGGACAAUCUCUCCCUGGCCAGCACUGAGACCCCUCCUCCCCUCUACCUCCCACCCCUUCACCCCAGUCAUCACCACUAUGGCAUGCAGAGGAUCGUAGACCCCCUGGCUCGGGGUCGUGCCUUCCGCAAUGUGGAAGAAGUAGAUGGCUUCAGUGCCCCGCAAACGCCCAUGACACCCGGCACCGCAUCCCUUUGCUCAUUUUCCAGCUCCCGCUCUGCCCUCAACCGGCUCCCACGACGACGCAAGCGGGAGUCUGUCGCGGUCAUGAGUCUCAAGGCUGCAGCAGCGCUAAUGAAGGGCCGGACGUUAGGCGAGAGCACCGCUGGGCGACGUCGCAGACGGAGUUUCAUGCCUCCUAGUUUCUUCGAAGAUGACACCGUGGAUUUCCCUGAUGAGCUCGAUACUUCUUUCUUUACCAGAGAGGGCCUGCAGGACGAGUUGUCCAGCUAUGCUGACGAGGUUUUUGAGACUCCAUCAGAGGCUGCCAUUAAAGAGCUGGAUGAGAGUGAGCUCACCGGAAGUGCUCUGGAUAGGAAUGAACUGGAGAGGAGUCAUCUCAUGAUGCCCUUAGAGCGAGGGUGGCGGAAGGCAAAAGACGGCUCUGUGGUCCAACCAAAAGUCCGUCUGAAACAGGAGGUGGUGAGUGUCAGCAGCCAUCAGCAGCGGGGACAAAGAAUUGUGGUUCCAGUUAAGAAGCUUUUUGCUAGAGAAAAGAGGCCGUACGGGAUGGGCAUAGUCGGUCGUCUCACUAACCGGUCAUAUCGCAAACGCAUUGACAGCUAUGUCAAGCGGCAGAUUGAAGACAUGGAUGAUCACAGGCCUUUUUUUACCUACUGGAUCACCUGUGUCCAUUUGCUCAUUACCAUUUUGGCCGUCAGCAUUUACGGUAUUGCCCCUAUAGGCUUCUCACAGCACGAAACUGUAGACUCGGUGUUGAGGAACAAGGGGGUUUAUGAAAACGUUAAGUUUGUGCAACAACAAAACUUCUGGGUGGGUCCAAGCUCGGAAGCACUGAUUCACCUGGGAGCCAAGUUUUCCCCGUGUAUGCGUCAAGAUGAAGAGAUCCACAGACUGAUCCAGGAGAAGCGAGCGCUCGAGAGAGAAUCGGGCUGCUGUGUGAGGAAUGAUCGCUCCGGCUGCCUGCAGACUUUACAGGAGGAGUGUUCGAGCACAUUGGCAGUGUGGGUAAAGUGGCCUCAGCACCCCAGCGCUCCGCAUUUGAAUGGUAAACUCCGGCAGCAUGGUGCAGUCUGCCAUCAGGACCCCAGAAUUUGUCUGGAGCCAGCCUCCGUUUCACCACACGAGUGGCCGGAUGACAUCACCUCUUGGCCUGUUUGCACAAGGUUCAGCUCUGGGAACCACACUAACCUCCCCCACAUAGACUGCACCAUCACAGGCCGGCCCUGCUGCAUUGGAACUAAAGGACGAUGUGAAAUAACUUCUAGAGAGUACUGUGACUUUAUGCAUGGCUACUUCCACGAGGAGGCUACUCUUUGCUCACAGGUGGCUUGCAUGGAUGAUGUGUGUGGUUUGCUGCCUUUCCUCAACCCAGAGGUUCCUGAUCAGUUCUCUCGCCUCUGGCUGUCCUUGUUUCUUCAUGCUGGAAUUUUGCACUGCUUGGUGUCAGUCUUGUUCCAGAUGACGGUGCUAAGGGAUAUAGAGAAGUUGGCAGGCUGGCUCAGAAUCUCUAUCAUCUACAUGCUCAGUGGCAUCACUGGCAACCUGGCCUCUGCCAUCUUUCUGCCCUACAGAGCAGAGGUGGGUCCUGCUGGCAGCCAGUUCGGCAUCCUGGCUUGUCUCUUUGUGGAGCUGUUUCAGAGCUGGCAGAUCCUUGAGCGACCGUGGCGGGCGUUUGCUAAACUGUUGGCCAUCUCUGUGUUCUUCUUCUCUUUUGGUUUACUUCCCUGGAUUGACAACUUUGCCCACAUCUGUGGUUUUGUGUCCGGAUUCUUCCUGUCCUUCGCCUUCCUCCCAUACAUCAGCUUUGGUCGUUCCGAUAUGUACCGAAAGCGAGUCCAAAUCUGCGUCUUCCUGCUGAUCUUCCUGGGUCUCCUCUCUGCUCUGGCCGUUCUCUUCUACGUCUACCCUGUGAAGUGCGACUGGUGCGAGUACCUCACCUGCAUCCCUAUCACAGACAAGUUCUGUGAGAAGUACGACCUAAAUGCACACCUCCUCUGAAUGUUAGUGGGUGGAAUCUAAGCUGGACUUUUUCUGCCCUGAUGUCGAGCGAUAAGAUGGGAUGUUUGAAACUGUGCAGCAGUGCAACUUACGGCUGAACAGGAGCACUUCUCCUGAUAAAACCAUCAGUAUUUCAUGAUUUUAUACGGACUGGUGAAUUCCACAGUUUUUUUUUAAUGUACAAAAGACCAUGCAUGAAAGCUUUCAGGACUUUGACUCAAUAUGUUAAUGUGCAUGAGAACAAGGAGAACAAUGUACUAAUGAUUGAUCUGUGUGUGACUGAACUCGAGCUGAGCUAAUCAAAUGCCCAGUCACUCUGGGCACAACCUAACAUAGAUACAGUGGAGGAGCAGAGGUUUUUUGCUACUUUUCUACCUAGCAGUUUUGUCUUACUGGAUGCUCUUAGAUGAAGUCUAAGGACAGCGUGCCUUACUGAUACAUCACAGCUUCUGGCAUUAAUGUCUGUGGAAACUGCUUUCAUGACAAAAUCAUGUAAAAUGUGUUUUUUACUUUAGUAUUUGGUGGCUGAAUUGCCAUUUUGUUUAUUUGUUUACCACUCUGGAAACCGCAGCCUUUAAAGCACUCCAGUCACAAAUGGAUGUUUUUUAUAUUCACCCUUUUUUACAUGUGUACAAAAAAGCCCCACAACAGGUAGGUUAAUAUGCUUAAUCAUGAAAAGCUGUUACUAAGGUGAAUUUGUGUCUUUUUUAAUUAAAGGUGGUGGCGUUUUAGCUACCAGGCAAUGAGCACUCUUCUUCUUCUUCUUC